AUGACCGGAAUAAUGGUGAGCGCUUCUACAGGCGCAAUGAACUCCCUUCUGGGUAAGCUGACCACCCUCAUGGGGGAGCAGUUUGCCAAGAUGAAGAACUUGCGAAAAGAGGUGAAGUUCAUCCGUGAUGAGCUUGGCAGCAUGAAGGAUGCUCUCGAGAGACUUGCAGAUGUGGAUGAGCUAGAUCCACAGACCAAGAGUUGGAGAAACAAACUGCGGGAGUUGUCUUAUGACAUCGAAGACAUCAUCGAUGACUUCAUCCAAAACAUUGGGGAGAAAGACAAGAAAUCCGGGUUUUUCCGCAAGAUGAUUCGACGUCUCAAAACUUCAAGGGCCCGUCACAGGAUUGCUGGACAGAUUGAGGAGAUCAAGAAACUUGCGCAUGAGACUAGUGAUCGCCACAGAAGAUAUGACCUUGAUAAGAUUAUCCCCCAAUCAAGUAAUGUUGUUGCCAUUGACCCACGAGUUAAAACACUCUAUGAAAAGGCGGCUAACCUUGUUGGCAUGGAGGGGCCAAAGAAUGAGCUUGUAGAUUGGCUAAUUGAUGAGGAGAAGCAGCUUAAGGUGAUAUCAGUUGUGGGUUUUGGAGGUCUAGGCAAAACAACACUUGCCAAUGAGGUAUACAAGAGGCUAAAGGGCGAUUUCGCCUAUGGUGCAUUUGUGCCGGUGUCCCAGACGCCAAACAUUCCAAAUCUUCUACGAAGUUUACUAUCCCAACUGGGUACACAGCUGCCUAUUGAUGCUUGCGAUUUACAUCUUAUUGACAAACUAAGAGAAUGUCUUCAGACUAAGAGGUACUUGAUUAUAAUUGAUGAUCUAUGGGAUGUAUCAGCCUGGGAAUUUAUUAAAUGUGCUUUCCCAGAAAAUGAUCUUGCCAGUAGAGUAAUAGUGACUACAAGAAGUCUUGAAGUUGCUACGGCGUGUUGCUCCCCUCACCAUGAGUACAUUUUACAAAUGAAGCCCCUUAGCAAUGAAGACUCAAGAAAGCUAUUUUUUGGCAGGAUAUUUGACUCGGAGGACGUUUGCCCUAACCACCUUAGAGAUAUUUCAGUUGAAAUUCUCAAAAAGUGUGGUGGCUUACCUCUUGCAAUUAUUAGCAUAGCAGGGCUUCUAGCUAGUGAAGGUCCCAAAGAAGAAGAGUGGGAACAUGUACGGAAUUCUUUGGGCUCGAUGUCUGGAACAAAACUCACACUGAAUGGGAUGAGGCAAAUCUUAAACCUCAGUUACAAAGAUCUUCCAUCUCAUCUGAAGACUUGCUUGUUAUAUCUUGCUAUGUAUCCGGAGGACUACACGAUAAAGAGGUGUGAUCUGGAGCGUCAAUGGAUGGCGGAAGGUUUCAUUAGUAAAGAAAAUGGACAAGAUGUGGAGAAAAAUGCAAGAAACUAUUUCAAUGAGCUUAUCAAUAGGAGCCUUGUCCAACCCGUAAAGUUUGAUAGAGGAGGGGCAGUGACAGAAUGCAAAGUACAUGAUAUGAUGCUGGAUCUUAUCUUGCUUAAAUGUAAAGAAGAGAAUUUUCUCAGUAUAGUGGACGGCUCAGAAGCCAUUACAGAACAUGAAUACAAGGUUCGUCGGUUGUCUCUUCGUUUGAAAUAUUCAGAUAAUGGAAUAUUACCAGGAAAUAUUAGUUUGUCACAGGUUCGCUCUGUUAUGAUCUUUGGAUGCUCUGGUAAAAUACCUCCUCUGUCAAGGUUCAAGUUCCUCCGAGUUCUUUUUGUCGAGAAAUACUAUGCAAUGGACCUCACUGGAAUGGGUGAACUGUAUCAGCUAAGAUACGUGAUGACUGGCGAUGCUUAUGGUUUGCAGCUACCAAGACAGAUUAGAGGGCUCCAGCAAUUAGAAACACUUAAUACACGCAGUUCCAGUAUUCCAUCUGAUAUAGUUCAUCUGCCACACUUGUCGCAUCUGGAUAUUGGAUAUCAACGUAAGCUGCCUGAUGGGAUCGGAAACAUGAAAUCCCUGAGAUUUCUUAGGGAAUUUAAUUUGGAUUUUGAAAGAAACUCACUAGAUAACUACAAGGGCCUUGGAGAGCUUACUAAUAUGAGAGAUCUCUCUCUCUCUCCGGCAACUUUGAAGAUCACGACGCCGGUGUAA